AUGGCAGUGACCAUGGGCACAGACACCCCAGGGUGGGCCGCACAGCUGCGUGCAGCCAUCCCAGAACCCCAUCCCAUGUGCGCAGCCGACAUUGUCCUCGCGCACGUCGUCAUCAUAGCCACCAUCCUGGCCCUCGUCCCGCCACCCACGCGCACUGUCCGGAUAGUGCGUGCAGUCCUCGCACCCGUCAUCUUCCUUGUCUGGCUCUACCUCGGAUACGUGCCACUGUUACGCACACCACAAGAACGAUGGGGCACAUCAAUGCUGCUGUUCUCCUUUGGCGUCCGUACAUUCGAGUGGCUCAUCCUGUUCCCACCCGAGCACAACGCUUACCGCAUUCGCCACCUGCCCGACGGGUCCGUCAUUCCAGAGCCUGUUCCCGAGGGUUGGACAUGGGCCAAGGCUCGCUGGGCCGCAUCGCUUUGGUGGUCAUGGCGUGGCAUCGGGUGGAACUUUGCUCCUCCUCUCGCAAGCAACAUGGCUGCCGAGCCGUUCAAGCGCAACUCGAGCCGCAGGGCAUACGUUAUUCACCGGUCGCUAUACCUGGUCGCGGUCUUCCUCGUUGAAGACUUGGCGUCGACGUUUAUGCGCAUUGCUGCCCCCGACUUCUUCAUCACAGCAACUACACCCUACUCGUCCCUCUCGACUGGCCAGCGUGCCGCGUACUCGAUCGCCGUGGUCGUCCGUAUCGUCACGUCCAUAGAGUUUACCCACGUGGGCAUCUCUAUUGCAUGUGUUAUGGCGGGAGGCUACUUUGGUAUCAGCGAGGACAGCGAGCUGUUCUCGCCAUGGGGAUGGCCACCGAUGUUUGGCAGUCUUGGCAGUAUCGCCGCCCACCCAGGGCUGGGUUACAUGUGGACGAGGGCGUGGAAUCAGUAUAAUCGGCGUGUGCUGUCCCAGAUUGGCUGGGUCCUCAUCGGAGAGAGGCUUCUGCGUAUGCCACCGACUGGAGAGAACGUCAAGAAUCCUAAACCUCGACCGGUCGAACCCGCAGCACCGUCCAUCAAGCACAAGGGCGUCGAGCAUGCAAAGGACAACAUCAUCGCGGACAUUGUGCCCCCUACACCCCCACCUGACACCCCUCCUGCGGACGACAAUGACAACAGCAACCUAGACACACUAGACAAGCUCGGCAAGGUGGACGGUCACCUGAGCAGCCACCUGAGAAGACGUCAGGCGACCCAGCAGCCCGCCAUGCCGCUGACGCCCCCGGAUUCCGGCCGGUCAUCGCCCGCACAGCGCACAAAGCGCCAGAGCAAGGUCCCGAGCAUGGUCGUCAACCUGGCCAAGUCGGUGAUUGUCUUUUUGCUCUCUGGCCUGCACCACGACUAUGCCUCGAUUGUGCUGCUGUUGGACGCUAUCGGGCGCGGCGACGCACCGUUCUCGGCUAUCAAUCUCACGCCCUUCUUUGUGGUCCAGCCCCUCGCGCUGGCGGCCGAGGCCAUCUUCAAACACAUGUGGCGAGCGUUCAAGAGGCGCGUUGGCCUGAAGGAGACGCCGGCACUGCGAGAAGCUGAGCGUGUGGUUGCCCUGGUGUGGAUGUGGGUGUUCCUGGGCUGGAGUGCUGGGUGGUUUGUGGAAGGGAUGAGCCGGAUUGGCGUCUGGCGGCAGUUUCCGAACAGCAAGGAUCGGCACUAUAGUGCUGUGUGCCUGCCAAUGGUCUUUGCUGCAACUCAGGCGUGGGCUGUCUUCCUCGUCGUCGCUGCUGCUGCCAGUCUUGCCUCCCUCCCUACCUCUCGGCCUCACCACUCCUCCCCCAAAAUGGCCCUCACCCGCAUCAACCUCGCGCCCACCGCGCGCACCCUCGCCUCGGGCGUCCCCGCCGCCCGCGUCGCCCUCCGUCUCCCCCCCGCCCCCCACCACGGCCACGGCGCUGACGGCCCCCGUUCCGACGCCCCCGCCAAGUUCGCCGGUGGGUUCAACGGCGUCGCCUCGGUCGCGCGCAUCAACGCCGGCCCCAACGGUGUCUUUGGCCAGCGCCGCAUGCACACCUCGUCCAAGGCCCUUGCUGGCCGCGCCUCGACUGGUGUCCCCGACUUCUCGGCCUACAAGACCGGCAACGAGUCGCGCAACACCAACGUCUCGUACUUUAUGGUCGGCGCCCUCGGUGCCCUUGCCGCCUCGGGCGCCAAGUCGACUGUCACUGACAUUCUCUCCAACAUGGCCGCUUCGGCUGAUGUCCUCGCCCUCGCCAAGAUCGAGGUCGAGAUGGGCGCGAUUCCCGAGGGCAAGAACCUCAUCGUCAAGUGGCGUGGAAAGCCCGUCUUCAUCCGUCACCGUACCCCGGAUGAGAUUGAGGAGGCCCGCUCGGUCGACGUCAAGUCGCUCCGUGACCCCGAGACCGACGAGCAGCGUACCCAGCGCGCAGAGUGGCUCGUCAUGGUCGGUGUCUGCACCCACCUGGGUUGUGUCCCCAUCGGCGAGGCCGGUGACUUUGGCGGAUGGUUCUGCCCCUGCCACGGCUCGCACUACGACAUUUCGGGUCGUAUCCGCAAGGGCCCCGCCCCCCUCAACCUCGAGAUCCCCCAGUACGGAUUCAACGACGACGAGGAGAAGAUUGUCGUCGGUUAA